AUGGCUCUGAUUUUCGACCCUAAUUUUACAAUGCUGACUGAAGAGCGCAGUUGGAAGUUAUUCAAUCAAAUCCUUGUCGCAUCGCAAGUUUUCGGCGGUCUGGCGAUUGUAUUUGUCGCGAUUUGGAUGGGAUCCUAUGAUGGUGGAUAUGGAUGGUCGGAUGACCCGAAAAAGGAAUUUCACUAUCAUCCAACUUUCAUGGUGAUGGGAUUGGUUUUUCUCUACGGUGAAUCGAUCUUGAUUUACCGGGUGUUUCGCAAUGAGCGCAAGCGCUUCACGAAAUUGCUUCACAUGGGCCUUCACUCAAUGGUUCUGAUCUUUAUGUUCAUCGCUUUGAAAGCUGUCUGGGACUCUCACGAUCUGAACAUCAAGGAUGGUAAGCCAGACCCACUUCCGAAUCUGAUUUCUUUACACUCGUGGAUCGGCAUCACCACAGUAGCCGCAUUCUGUGGACAAUAUGUGCUUGGUUUCUCUGCUUUUCUCUAUCCAGGAUUUUCGAUGGCGACAAGACAAAUUGCGAUGCCAUUUCAUCAACUUUUCGGAGUGGUGAUCUUCGGGAUGGUUUCUCUAACUGUGGCACUCGGUAUCUCCGAAAGAGCCGCUUGGGCACACACUUGCUGGACUCAAGAAAAGGAACUUUGCGGGAAACAAGUGGUGUCGAAUUUUUUGGGUCUCUUCGUUUUCCUCUACUCAGCUUGCGUGAUCGUUUUGGUCGGAAAUCCACGUUGGCGAAGAAAGCCUCUGCCAGAAGAGGAAAUGCUCCAUGGAAUGAGCCUUUCUUCAAGUCGUGAUCCGAUGGAU